AUGUAUUCCCCACCACGAACACCACCGGUGCUCAAGCGCACGGUGUCAGGCGACAGCCACACUAGCUAUGGCAGUGUGUCGACUGCCGCUUCGCGAUCGAGCUCGAGGCUGCUGUUUGGCGAGAUCCCGCUGACACCCGCGACUACUAUUGACGGUCGAUCAACGCGGUCAAACAGUUCUCUUGGCCCCAUAUGCAACCUUGUGCUAUCGACGAGUUCUUCCUUUUUGCGUUUCUGGCUGAACGAUACUUGCCGCGACAACCUGUUUGCCCAUCUCGAGGAAGAAGACUUUCCCAAUUUUCGUCUGGUGUGCCAUGACUUCGCGACGCGGGCGGCGCCUGUCCAAUUUUCAUCCCUCACUACCACUUUCAAGCCUUCUACCUUCUCCAAGCCGGCUCGCAUCGAGGCAUUAUCAAGGAUAGGCCGCCACGUUAAGACCUUCACCUUCCACAUGCCUCACGGCCCUGAGACCUUGCUACCGCCCAUCAUUGAUCCAGAGACUGGCGAGGAGAAACAGUUCAUCUACGAGCCGCAACUACAAACACCACAGCACAUGCUCGGCCGCGAAAAGACACCCAAGUACGGCUCAUUAGAGAUGACCAACCUACUGAUUCAACAAUACCCGCCGCUCUUCCACGCCGCAACCAACGUCCCAGCCUUUGUCGCUGCCUUCUCUGAAUUACUCAAUCUCACCCACCUCAAGGUAUCCUGCCCUGGAUACGAUAACGCCCCAAGCAACCGUCGCAGCGUCGUAGACUAUGCCCUCAUCUCCUUACGCAUCGCCGUAGAACGCGCCCCAAUGUUCAGUCUCAACUCCUUGUCACUGCAUCCGAUCCACCCAGGUGGCCUACUCUACCUCCACCCCAUGCAUGGCUUUGGCAGCACACCCUCAUCUGCCAAACGCUGGACCCAAAUCCGCAGCCUAUCCAUAUGCAUGGACUCUCUUUCCACCUCCCCGUCCCCCAAACAGAAGGCGCAAUCUGUCGAGCACCUCCGCAUCCUGCACGCCUACCUGCGCACGCUAUCGCGAAACCUAACGCGCAUCUUCUUCCGCUGGAAAGGGGCGCGCGGGCCCUCACCGCUGAGCUUGGACAAAGAACCCUGCAUGCUGCCCAUCGACGCAGACUACAUGCACCCCUCGCAGCGCGGCGAAGUGCGCGGCCCGCGACCAGUGCGCUUCUCCCGUUUGCGUCACAUGGAGCUCGAGAACGCCAUCAUGGACUCCUCCCAGAUCUCAGAGUUCAUCCACAAGCACCGCCGCACGCUGGUCGAGUUCAACUUCGAGGACGUCAAGCUACGCCAGGGCAACUGGGACGAAGCGCUGGAGCCGCUGACGCUAAUCAGCGGGAGCGAACGGUGGAAGAGGAACGCCGAGGAGGUCAUGGAUGUGCCUAUCGUGCUGAGCCCCAUCAACAUGGAGCCGAGAAUCAUGGGGCCGCUCCUGGAGGAGGUUGACGCUGCGAUCGACGAGACUAGCAAGGAGAAGGGACCGCAUAGCUUGAGUCGGUGGUUGGGCAAGCCGAAGAAUUCGAUGCGAAAGACAAACAGCCAUGUCAAGGAGAGCUUUUUUGGAGGCGAUCACGUCAAGAGGCUAUUUAGGGGGACCAUGUUCCACCGCUCCGUUGCUGCGGCUGCGUAG